AUGAAGGGGAUUGUCAACGGCUUGGAGUUUGUGCGCUCGAGUGGAGAUGAUGAGAAGUGUGUCGGUUGCCUUGAAGGAAAAAUGGCACGGAAGCCAUUUCCACCAAGCACGAAGCCGAACGCCACCGAACCUCUCAAGCUCGUUCACACGGACUUGUGUGGACAGAUCACUCCCGCGUCAAAGGGCGGCGCGCGCUACGUUCUCACGCUCCUCGACGACGCGACGCGGAUGUGUUGGAUUCGGCUUCUCAAGACCAAGGACGCCACGUCAACCGCCAUCAAGCAAUGGGUCGCGGAUGUGGAGACGGAAAGCGGCUUCAAGGUGAAGCGCUUUCGCUCGGAUGGAGGUGGCGAAUACACCGCUCGGGAGCUCGGCGAUUGGUUGAAAGGGCGUGGGACCGCGCAUGAGUUCUCGACGCCGUACACGCCUCAACAAAAUGGAGCCGCCGAACGCUUGAAUCGCACGCUUAUGGAGUCGGCACGAAGUCUCCUCUCCCAUGCUCACGCGGAGAAGCAUUGGUGGGGAGAGGCGGUUACGUUGGCAACUUGGAUUCACAAUCGGUGCGUGACCAAGGCGUUGCCCAACAAGACGCCUCUUGAGGCUUGGAGCGGUACGAAGCCGGACGUCACCGACCUUCGCACGUUUGGGUGUACGUGCUACUACCAUGUCCCGGAUGCUACACGGACCAAGCUUGAGGCGAAGGCGCGGGUGGCGAUGUACUUGGGUCCAAGCGCGGAUCACAAGGGGUGGCGCGUGUGGGACUUGGAGCACGGGAAACUCGUGGUGUCGCGCGACGUGGUGUUCUACGAAGACACCUUCCCCUCCAAGUCUACGAACGUGCCCUCGGUCAUCAUCGUCCCUCCACCCUUGGAUGCCGCGGAUGAGGCGGAUGAUGUUUCUACGGCUCCUCCUCCUCGUGCGAGUGAGGGGGAGAAUGGAUCGGGUGCGGUUGGAGUGAGUGAGGAUGAAGGAAAUGCCAAGGAACGUGACCCUUCGUCUCCUCCUCCUCGUAUCACUCCCACCCUCGCAUCCACUCGCACUCGAAGGAACCCUCAUCCCAACUCCAAGUUCGAUAACUACUCUCUCGUGGCGGGGGACGAUGAGGGAGGGGGAGACGCUAUGUGUCUUGAGGCGUACACCGACACCCCGUCCACCUACCACGGCGCCAUGAGCUCGGCGGAAGCGGCGGAAUGGGAGCGUGCGCUUCAAGAGGAGCUCCGCCCCCUAUGCUGCUCGUUGCUACUUAUUAUCCACCAUCAGCUCCUUUCAGCACUCGUUCUCCCGUUGGUUCCCGCAACCUCUGCCUUCCCCCUCCGCUCUCUUGCUAUGGCUGACGUCCCGCAGUUCGAUGAAGUAAUGGAGCUCACCGAUGAGGAUCUCGAAGCGAUGGACCUCCCGGACGACUCCGCUGGAUCCAACCUCCCGCUCACCCAUUUGCCCACGGAACUCCCUGCAUCCCAGAAACCCUGCGUCGACGCCGAUCCCAGCUCUCCCGACGAAUCGGCUUCUGCCACCUCUGGAGUCAUGGAAGGGCCUGCUGGCACGCCCGAAAAGCCCGUGAUGCAGACCACCAGCACGAGCGCCUCCGCCGCUGUAGACUUUGCCUCGGCUCCAAGUGUCGCUUAUCCCGUUCACCCGGCUCCGAGCUCCUCAACCCCGAUUGGCCCUGCUGCUCAACGAACGCUACGGCGAUCUCGCCUGUGGAGACGCCCCCCGGACCCGAGCUGCCGUGCUCCUCUCGUCAGCCGGCUCCGGCCCCCCCGACUCUGUCCCUCCCCCCCCAUCCUCAUGACAAGUAGCCACUCUGUGGUUACUCUGCUCUUCCCUGAGGCAAGUGCUGACGACAUCCGCGCCACGCUCAUUUCCAAAAUCCUCGCGAAAUUGAAGCCAUCCCUCUUUGACUGUGGAUUUGUUCCUGACGCCCGCCCCACCAACGGAGAAACCAUGCACUUCGCCGGACGGUCCUAUGCGACGAUCUGUUUCUCCUGGCCUACUGAACAAUCUGCCCACGAGUUCCUCCUUAUCUACAAUCACCCAAUCGAGCUCGCCCCCGGACGUUCCAUCUCGGUCAAACCGUACGUCGACCCCCACCCUGAGUUCACCACGGCCAAGGCGGAGGGGGCCCCGUACUCUCCCUGCGCCGGGUUCCUGCCCGCUUUGAAGAAUCAAACUUGCUGGCGUACCUGGUGCCCCGCUGGCUGGCGGGAAUCAACUCCUUCCACCGCAUGCAAGACCCUUACGAUGGGGUUUUCCUCAAUAUUUUCACCGGAAUCCCAAUCUCGCUGA